AUGGCAGAAGCUUUAUGGCGGUUGAGAGGUGGUGGCGUGCGCCUGCUGACUGCCAUCGGUGACGACUCAGAUGGGCAAUACAUUUCCAACAUCGCACCUGGCCUCUUACUCGACGGAUGUGUAAUAAGCGGCGCACGCACAUCAAUGUACGCCGCAUUAUUUGACUCAAAAGGAGAAUGUCUCUUAGGUCUAGGUGAUAUGGAAAUCCAUAAUCAAAUAACGCCUAAACUGGUGGAUAAACAUAUAGAAACAUUGGAAAAAGCGCCACUUGUUGUACUAGAUGGUAAUUUGCCGCAAACUACGAUGGAUCACGUGCUAAAACUGUGUCAUCAGCUUCAUAAACCAGGGGUACUUAAACCUAAAUAUAUGACAAUAAUAUUUAUUCAGAUAUGUGAAAUGUGGAAUGAACUUUGUGCCUAA